UGAAUGGUUAUCAGUUUCGGUACGGUCACAGAGCACGUCAGUAGUGUCUAAAGAAGGAUCAGCUCCAGUUGUAGCUAAGUUCGUUCAAAAUGAGUCGUGUCAUUGCGGUGUUGUGUCUGGUGGUUGUGUCUGUAUCCUUUAGUGAUGCGACGUUUGGUCUGCUGCACAAGAAGGAUCUGUUGGGCAAGCUCUUCCACAAGGAGAAGACCUAUGUUCAUGUACAUUAUCCACCACCACCACCUCCACCACCACGGCCAGUAGCAUACCAUCACUAUAGUGCUCCGGCUCCUGCCCCAGUGCACUAUACUGCUCCGGCUCCUGCCCCAGUGCACUAUACUGCUCCGGCUCCUGCCCCAGUGCACUACACUGCACCAGCACCAGCUCCCGUUUACUAUGCGGCUCCUAAAGUCCAAUAUGUGGCACCAGCACCUGCUCCAGUGUACUACGUUGCAGCAGCUCCAGUACACUACGUUGCUGCUGCACCAGCUCCAGCGCCCCGAGUGCCAGCACCGGCUCCAGCGCCCCGACCAGCUCCAGCGCCCCGACCAGCUCCAGUGCCCCGAGCACCAGCUCCGGCUAAAGUUCCAGUGCCCAAAGCACCAGCUCCGGCUAAAGUUCCAGUGCUCUACGCUGCACCACCAAAAGCUCCAGCGCUUAAACUAGCAGCUCCGUACCCAGGAUGUGAUCACGCACAUGGUGUCCACCUUUAUUAAGCGGCAAAUGGGGGGAAACAACAAACUAUAGAGCGCCUACAGAAGAGGUACACACCUUUCCGUACACAAUACGAUGGAAUAAAACUGUUACCAAUCGAGCAUACAGAACAAGGAUUCCUUUUUUUCAUUUCGACCGACAUCACGUUCGGUUCUCGGAAUGCGAGAGCGGAUUAGAUGGCCAGUCUACAAUCGGGCAAGGUGCAAGAAUGCUUACCUCUUUGGAUACCCUUCGCCAGUAGGGAGUUUGUUCAACAUGUGUUCAACAUGUACAGGAGAAGGUACCGUAGUUUAUUGGUGUAUUGUUUUUCUACUAGAAGAUAAAAUGCGACGCAUGACAAAAAAUAAAUAAAGUUACAUAUACCGAAAAACGAAUACAUAGUAUGUUUUCU